AUGGGAAGCCUCUGCUCCAAGAGCGCCAAUCCACCCGAACCAUUUGCACAGCCAGGCCGUGUACUCGGGACAAGCCCUCAUCCCCCUCCCCAGGCACCCCGUGCAUCGCUAUCGGCCAGUACAGGGAGAACUCUCGGCGGUGCCCACAGCCCGGGUCAAGGGAAGGAUGACCCGCGGAAUGCGGCAGCGCGUGCUGCAGAGGAACGAGCCGCGAGACAAUCAUCGGCUGCAAAGAAGGGCAAACUCAGCUCGCAGCUCGCCGCGCAGAAAGCGCAGACUCGAAGCGAGACCCUCGAUGAAGCGAGUCGCCAUAACCGUGCCACGAGAGAGGCUGAUGCGGCUGCUACUGUGAGGAGGUGGGACUGAGAACGUUAUCUUUGGUCCCAGGCUUUUUUUUUCUUUCUUUCUUUUAAGUUGGACCGUUGAGAUGCGAGAUGCGCGAGGGACGUGACUGGAUUGGAUCUUCUUCGAUGUUUGUUCGGUUUCCAGAACAAAGCCGUGCCAUGGGCAUCUGUUUCUUUUCGUCCUUCUGUUCUUCUCCUUUGGGUACAUGUUCAUUUUUCACCUUCCUCUUCUGGCUGUUGACCAUAGGGACGGCGUUUUUUCUUUUUUUUCCCGGAUUUCCGUAGGAACUGUGCUUCUCUCUUUCUCUCU